AUGAAUCCCGUUUCUACCCUUAACGUUGACAGCCUCUUCCUGAAAGUGUGCGAUAUAACAACAAGCAACGAACCGAUACGUAGCAUCUGGCGAUACACCCACGAACCAGAGCGCUUCGCCUUUACAGCGUCGUUGCUACAGGUGUACGCGACGGGGGUCACACUUACAGGCGAUGUUAGCGAUCUCCCUGCCCGGGUCCAAAUCAACGCGAUACUUGUUAUGUCCCUUGCCUUCGCGAAGAAGAAAGUACUCAACCGCGCAAACGCUCGCCAGUUCUCUGCAGCAGAGGAUAGUCUGCGGACGUUGUUUUGGGGCCACGACCAAGGCAUCUCACUAGGGGAGCCGUUUUGGAGCAACUGCAGGAUUCGGCACGCGGCGAUACAUUAUGUUCUGUGGUAUGGGGAUCCGGGUGAGCUGGAAACAAACCUGGUGGUGAUUCGCGUGGACGAACCGCUUCAUGUUGCGGGGCAUACUGUUGAUUGCUUGUGUGGGCUUGCUGCUGCCUCGAUGGUGCAUCACAACCGCAACACGCAACCUGCCCUUGCAGAUACCUACGGAAUAGUAACUGACGGGUUGCGAUGGCUUUUCUUCUUUAUCGGUAAGGAGGACAAGUACUCGUCCUUGAGCUUGGAUUGGUUGCAGGGUGAAGUUCAACAACACGCUAUUGUCGGUCUAAUCGGUAAAAUCCUGGACCGUGCAGUUACAGUGAAGAUGACAUGUGAACAAGCAGAGCAGAACCGACUGCCGUGGACGCCGGAAUGGUCAACUAUGGCGAGUACAUGGGAAGCACCAUGGCGUGGCUGUCUGAGUGAAUGGGAUGGGGGUGAGGGCGCGGAUGACGACUGGCUGGACCAUUCAAUACACGGUGAAUGUCAGGAUGAGGAUGAUUUGAAUCCUCAGCCUUCCUCCUACCUACAAAGGACAGACAACACAACAAAGAUGCAGUGGUUCACAAAGCUUGAGGCCGACUACAAAGAGUUCAUUCAGCGGCUCGAAGCAGGGGGCCGUGUGAGUGACUUCAAGGCGAAGAUGACUCAGGCCUUUAAUCGAGCGCGGGGUGAGAGCAAGAAGGAGGCAGAGCAGAAGAAACCCACGGGGAAGAGCAAGGGCUUUUCGGGCUUCGGCAAGACGGCCAAGCCAAUCGAAUCUGUCGCCGUGGGAGACAUCAAGGUCACGGACGUCACGAGCACUUUCAAAUUGAGUCGCGAAUCGAGAGCUCAUGGCCCCCCCACGUACUGGAACCUCUCUCCGCCCGAGGUGCGCAACAUCUCGCCCCAUCUCCGGAAAACCCUCGACAAUAUACGUCUCGCGUACGGUGAAGCGAAUCAGAAUGAGGCGGUAAUCCGUCUUAACAUCGACGCCAUCCUUCUGGACGUCAUGGCCACCAUCAAGCAACUGGAGCUAGGCCAGUACGGAGACGAAAAGAGCCCGGGGAAGAGGACGUCGAGGGACUCGACGGCAUCCGGAAAGUCGAUCAAGCUGGCGUUAGAAACGCCAAUCCAGUACGUUUUCAACUCAAAUAAUGGCAAGAAGAACUACCGCGGCAGAAUGGAUUAUACCUUGUGGUAUGGCCCACACGAACAGGCAGAGGCCUACAUGGCCGUAGUGGAAGCAAAGUCCCCCGGCCAGGUAAAGCCCGGGACCUUUCAGGCUAUGUCGUACAUGGCUUUGAUCCAGGACGCACGGAGGGUAGCCGGUCGGGAGGAAACUCCAAUAUAUGGAGUGUCAUCAGAUGGCGGGGAUUGGGAGUUCGUCCGGAUGGACGCCAGGGGAAAUGUAGGAUACCCGCCUCCUUACGGAAGAAACAUACUCGAUCCCACGGGCUAA